GAGCCGAGUCCUGCCGAACCCCGGCUCGGAAACAGUCGUCAGUCAGUGGGCAGACAGACAGACACAGUCACACGAGAUACCAAGAGUCGAGAAAGGAAUCACAGCAACGCUCCCAGUCGUGUGACCUUCUCUAUCAGCCUAUGCGAUGGCUCCUAUAGAGAACAAAGAUAGUCUGACUGUGGGCCUAAAAGGGAACUGUGAUAUAGACACAGAUGAAGGUUUCCACUCGCCAUCUGUGAGCGCACCAGGGCUGAGGUGUGAGGAUCUGGCCAGCCGAGCAGGAACAGAGACGGAAGUGGGUGAUAGUACUAGUAGUUGUAGUACAAGUGACAAUGACAGCCAGCCUGAAGCGGGCGCCCAUGCGGUCUCCGAUGUUGAAAAUGACGAGACCCGGCCUGAAAGAUGUAGCCAGAGUGAUAAUGAAAGUUCAAACCGAGAGAGAGACCAAAUGGAAUACCAGGCAGAGACCCUCGCGGAGUUCAUCGUAUAUACCAUAAUUGGAAAAAAGAAUGGCAGAACUGACGAUAAAGUAGAACAGACGUUGUUGAGGUGUGUGAGAACGAUGAUGCAGAAACAUGAAAUACUGCUGAAAGGAAUGAUGAGAAGAUUAGACAUAACUAUGGAAACUGGAUACGUUUCCUUUGUUGCUGUGGCCAACGAACUCUUUGAGGGGGACAGACAGGUUAUCACCUGGGGAAGGAUAGUGGCCCUCUACGCCUUUGGUGGACAGUUGGCCUUGUACUGUAAAGAAAAAAAUAUGGAAGAUUUCUGUGUCAAGAUAGCCAUGUUUAUGGGAAAGUAUGCCAGCAAUGUUGUAGUGCCGUAUGUAAGGAGCGUUGGUGGAUGGAAAAAAAUUUGUGAGGAGUUUCCUGUUGAAGAUGAUUUAGAAAACAAGGCAUGGCGAUACCUUACAUGGACAGCAAUUGGGUUGGGACUGGCAGCUACAGCAUCAUUUUUCACCUCGCACUGAUUGGUACUUUUACACUGCAUUACCAUUAUAUUGUGUCAUGCAACAUUAAAACAAAUGUUUCAUCAACUAGCAUGUUUAUGCUUUACCUGUCAUACCACAACUCAUGUGCCAACUGAUAUGCCUUUCAGAGUAGCUCAUAGCACCUCUAUUAUGUAAAAUACUCUCAUUUUUAUUGUCUGAAUUUGACAGUUUGUAUCAAUUUAUUAUUUCUGUUUUGAACCGGUACUCCGUAGGUUAUAUCAGUGUACAAUUUGUAUUACCUGUAUUUUGAGUUGUAAUGCCUUAUAUCUGUUGACCUACAUUUGAAUGAAAGGAUUUGUUGGGUAAUGGUCAGAAUACAUAGUUUUGAAGUGGGUAAAGUAGUAUCUUUGUGGUCUGUGACACAAUAUAAUAAUGUAUUACUUAUAAUACAUUACUGUACACGUCUUUCACAAUGAAGAUUUUUAUGAUCUUCACUACUAGAGGUCUUUCUAUGAUAUAUUUUGAUACAGGUAAUAGGAAUACAAGUUUUCAUUGGUUUCAUUUUGCAUCAGUUGGUUAUAACAAACUUUUCAUGCAAAAUUCUGUAUCUACAGUCAGGUUUAAAAGUUUGUGUGAUGCAGUUUGACCCCAAAUGAGAUAAAACACUAAGCAUGCACCAGAUGACAGUCAAGGUAUGUAAGUUCAGAGACUCAUUCCUGUGACACCUUUUCACUGCUUUAGGCAAACUUUUGCCCUGACAGUACAUGAUAUAAAUAACAUUAUAUUUUUAUUUUCCACCUUUUUGCUCUUCGUAAAAUAUCUAUGGUUAGUCAUUCCAAAUAAAAUAUUUAGAUUUCCAUAAACAUUACUAUAUAAGGAGCUACAUUGUUAAAUAAAUUAUAACUUGUGUGGAACAUCAAAUUAUGACCCUUUAUGUGUGUACAGGAGUUUGGGAUACCUCGCAGAUAUUUUUCAUCAUGUUGUACUUGUAAGGUUGGUUGAGGAUCUGAUGAUUAUCUUUUGGAAUGUUACAUUGUCUUUUUGGUACAUUACAGUAUUCCUUUAUUUUAACUUUGUCCCAUGUGAAAUUGUAAGACAAUAGUUAUGCAGUUAAAUUAAUGUAAUACUGUAACCCAAAUUCUCCAGUCUCUGAAGGAGCAAAUAUAUUUCAGCAACAUGUAAUUCACUAUUCCAUAUAAGCUUCCUUUUUAGGCUAAGUGUGUACUUCAGAAAGUCCUUACUUAUUGAAAGAAAUUGCAUUUUGAAUAUAUAUAUAUAUAUAUAUAUAUCCUGUACUUUCAAUUUUCAAUUCCUAUUGCAAGUAUAAUGUACAGUCACCUCCAGGUGUGUUGUUACCCCCUUUUGUGCCUCCCUUACUCAUGUGGCAAUGUCACACUAAUUUUGGUUAGGGAACUGAUUGAUACCCGGUAGGGCUGUUUCCUAGAAACAGCUCUACCAGUAAUUUUCCUAGACACACAAGUAGUCUAAGAUGUCACAUGAACAAGGGAGGCACUAUAGGGGGGUAACAACACACCUGGAGGCAAAUGUUCCAAAAUAGCAACUGAAGCUUAUUAUUGUACCAAAAUUUUCAUUGGAAGUAAAUUUCAUGUAAUUUGCUUCAGUUCUAGUUAGUACAAAGCUCGUACAGUUCAAUGUACAGAUACACAUAUAUGUCAUGAUGUUUGUGUGAAAUCUAUAAGUUGCUGAUGAUUGUAAUUUAGCAGAAAGCUACACUCUUUGGGGUAGAGAAUACUUCAUCUGCUUAACCCUUUAAGACUGGGGUCCGUUGUACCAUAUACACUCCAAUUAUACAAACAAAAGUAUUGGUAUAUGAUACGACCCCUAGAGUGAAAAGAUUCUUCCAUUAUCAAUAAGUAAUUUUCUGCCUUUCUUUUGUUUUCUCUCCUCCCAAAUGGUUGAUCUACUGUAGUACUCCAAAGAAAUAUUUGUUUCCUAACCUGCUGUCCAGGGGCAUAUAAACCCAUAAUUUAGACUUGUUUACUUACCAGCAACAAAGUUUUAUUGUUAGUGUCAUUGUAAAUAGUGCAUCAAAACCACUGAAGAGUGAGGGGAAACGAUUCUCUACACAUUUCAAUUUCAUAUAAAAAUGAUACUGCAAUUGUUCGGGUGAUCAUCAGAUUCAAGUGAAAUUUGUAGCAAGAAAUCCCAAUCUCUUAUACAGGCACAAAAGGUUGUAGAUGCACUUUUGUAAUUAAUUAUAAAAUGUAAAAAAAAAACUAAAUAAAAUAUAUAUAUAUCCUUUGUCGAUAUUGUAUAGUUAGAAAGCCAUCACUUUCUACGGCAUAGCAGUAUAUAUCUAGUCAAAUACCUGUCUUUUGAAACUAAUGACAUGAUUAUUUGUCAUAUCUGAUUGAAUCUUGUGAUUUAACUAAUUUCAUGACCUUUUCAUACUCAUUCUAUUGCUAUAUGUAAAAUGCAAUUGUCAAAUUAUUUUUUUAUGAUGUAAUGAGUUAUUUACCUUUAAUAUAAAGACAAAGUUAAGUUUGAGUUGAUCUUCUGAUCUUGCUCAUUACUAUUGGUUUUGAUUUUAAUAAAACUGAUGAGGUUACUAUUUGCUUUAUUUUUCAUGGUGAUAGUGUAACAUUAAAAUAACAUUAUUUUUUUUGGCAGAGGUUUUAUAAAUAUUGUAUACAUUUAAAUAAAGGCAAAAAUAUGA